CGUGAGAGACGCAGGAGGACAGACAGCUGCCUCAUUUAGAGACACUUCAGAGUCCACGUACUGACGGUACAAGAGGAGGACACCCUCACACCUGAUGAGACAGAGACAAACAGAGACACACCCCUCGUCCACACAGAGGGUUUGACUGUUAUUCCAGGGUCUGCAUGUGACCAGCACUUCACCUCCUGUCCUCUGAUGGAGAAGUAAACUUAAAGCGGAGAAAAGGAGCUGUUUAUGGCACAAGACAACUGUGCUGCGUCUGUGCUGGAUUCACACGGCGAUGUUUGAUGUUUUGCUGAUCUUUCAGGCAACAGCUUUAUUGGUGAAUAAUCUGCUGCUCUGGUGACUGUUUCCCAGCAGACCUCGUGGCUCCCAUGCAUUGCUGAAAGGGGAAAACCUAGGAUGGAUGAACCACCCCGUGCAGCUCUGAGGCAUCACAGUUCCACAUUGUCAACCGCAACAACUUCACUCUUCUCGGCACCUCUGCACACACUGACACAACCAGCUGCUUCAAAGCCACUGCUGACCUCAACACCGACACGGGGUGACGCGCUUUCAGAAUGUUGUUAAGAUUCCGUCGCAUACGCCGAUGCCAGUUUCUACAGCUGAUGACCACCUGCCUGGUGCUGUCCGUGGUGAUGGUUUGCUGGGAGCAGCUGAACACAAACGUCGUCAGCCACAUCAAGUCCUACUCCUAUCGCUACCUAAUCAACCAGUUCAUGGACAUCAACAAGAGCUUCACCAUCCCACGUGAGGAGGCGAGAAGGUUCAGCGACUUCCACUACCUGCUGGACCACCCGGAUAAGUGCACUGGACAGGACGUCCUCCUCCUCCUCUUUGUCAAAUCGUCGCCAAAUAACAUUGAGAGACGACAUGCCAUCAGAUCUACCUGGGGGAAUGAGGCCUACAUCCAGAAAAGUCUUGGAGUGACAGUCAAGGUGUUGUUUGCCUUAGGAGCCCCUUUCACAAACAAGGACAAGCCAAUGUGGAGUGACACCAGUGAGUUGGGCUUUCAAAAGCAGCUCAUCUUCGAGGACCAGCUCUAUGGGGAUAUAAUUCAACAGGACUUCUUAGACACUUUUCACAACCUGACCCUGAAGCUGAUCAUGCAGUUCCACUGGAUGCACAGCCGCUGUGCACACGCCCGCUUCCUCAUGACGGCCGAUGACGACAUCUUUGUCCACAUGCCCAACCUGGUGAGCUACCUGCAGGACGUGAGCAACAGGGGUGUCACGCAAUUCUGGAUUGGCCGAGUGCACAGAGGGGCCCCGCCCAUCCGCAGGAAAGACAGCAAGUACUACAUGUCCUUUGAUAUGUACCGCUGGAUAUCGUACCCUGACUACACGGCGGGGGCCGGGUAUGUUAUCUCCAGCGACGUGGCGGACAAAGUCUAUCAAGCCACUUUGACCAUGAACGCCUCUCUUUACAUAGAUGAUGUGUUCAUGGGCAUAUGUGCCAACGCCAUUGGUGUCACACCGCAGGAUCAUUUCUUUUUCUCAGGAGAGGGCAAAGCACUUUACCACCCGUGCAUCUAUGACAAGAUGAUGACCUCACAUGGUCACGUGGAGGAUAUCCAUGGCUUGUGGAAGGCGGCAACACACCCGCAGGUCAAAAGGGGGAGCUCUGGAGUCUUUGGCAGGCUGUAUUGCACAGCUGUGAAAAUGGCUCUUCUUUGUAAACCUUACUAUCUCAACACUUACCCCUGCAAAGCAGCCUUUUUGUAGAUUAUUCAGGUUUGGAUGUGUGUCAGUACGUGCUAUAGAGAAACUUUGGACCAGUGCUGCAAUUAUUACCUCAGUCGUUUUAGCUGGACACCCAUGUCUGUCAAAAGACCGCCAUGUGGUCCGAGUUGCAGGAAGCGAAGAGAUUGCAUGAUGCGCUUUUCCACUACAUAGUCCUGAAACGACACGGCACGACACGGUUUGGUUCGUCUUCCAUUACUAUAGUACCUCCUCAACAUGGGCGGAGUCAUCACUGCACGAAA